AUGAGUACAUAUCUAUGUCUAAGGAUUCUAUCUGUAUUUUCUGAUCUUAUUUCACUAAAAUCAUUUUUUUGGAAAAAUACCAAAGGUUGUGAAAAGAAGAGAAAAAAGAGGAGAGAAAAAAAAAAAAAAAAAAAAAAAAAGCAUUAUUUCGAAAAAUUGUUCUCUUACCUAUAUUUGUCAAUAUUACUUAAUGAUUUUUCUAAAAUUGGUAAUUCUGAUUCAGAAUCUUUUAACCUUUGCAGAUUGAUAAGUGCUUUUCUUCUUGACAUUAUAAAUUAUAAAAAAAAAAAUAGCCUUGACACUACUACCCCCAAUGUAACGAAAUAA